AAGUCAAAACACUGAUAUUCAAUCAUCAAUGUACAUUGUACUCUGUGAUUGUUUCUUUCAAUAAUUUUUUAUUUUAAAUAAACAUACUAUUUUAUUUAUUCAAUAACUCGAACAAAAUGCGCUCAAAAGUAUGUCGCUUAUGUUGUGAAAAUGAAGGAACGAUCCAUAUUUUUGACGAUAACGAACAAUUGAAAACGAGCACUAAAAUAAUGUAUUGCUGUAAUAAAUCUAAAGUUAAUAUUGAAGAGGAUGAUACUCUCCCCAAAGUAAUUUGUUCUACUUGUCAUAUUCAACUAUGCAAAUCGUAUGACUUUAUACUGCAAUGCGAAUCGGCAGAUGAAAAACUGCGCUCGUUAGAGCUAACGAUACACGCCGAUGACAUCAAAAUGAUUGAGGAUGAGGAUUCAAAUAUUUCAUAUGAAUACAAAAGUGAGCAUACAAGUGACCAUGAAAGGAUUAACUCCCCCUUAUUAGAAAAUAGGGAAACAUCUGUUGUGAGCGAAAAGAUACUCUAUUCUGUGAAACGAAUUAGGAAGAAAUCCCGAAAAAAAGUAAACACUUAUCGAGGACCAGUUCAUUGCCCGACUUGUGACAAGUCAUGUAUAAAUAAUUCUGCAUUAUUGGCACACAUGAGAGCACAUUCUGAUAGGCGUGCCUUUCAAUGCUCCCUUUGCGAUAAGAAAUAUAAAGAUCCAGCAGGAUUAAAACGACAUACAGAAACUAAUCACACCAAAUGUAGAACUCGUAAUUUUAUUUGUGAAAAUUGUGGGAAGCGAUUCUUCACAAAAAAGUGUUUACAAACUCACACACGCAUACAUACAGGCGAAACUCCAUAUGCAUGUAAAUUAUGUCCCGCCCAAUUCUCACAGUUAGGGUCAUUAACUCGACACAAAAGAACACACACAGGAGAAAGACCUUACAAAUGCAGUUUAUGUCAAAAGAAUUUCUGUACCAAAUCUGAAUUAACCGUACAUACCAAGGUGCACAGUGGAGAAAAGAAUUACACUUGUGUAGUUUGCAAUAUGAAAUUCAAGCAUAAGUUUAAUUUAAAGACACAUAGUAUACGACAACAUGAGAGUAAAAUCACAGAGUAUGUUUGUGAUCUGUGCAAGAAAGUGUUCUUUCAAAAGAACAAUUUAGUUGUCCACAUCAAACGCAAGCAUUCUGCUCAAUCAGGAUUUUGUAAUAUAUGCUCCGAGCAUGCAUCCAAUAUAGAAAUGCACAUGUGGAAGCAUAAUGAUUACAGAGGAUUAAAAUGUGAAUAUUGUUCUAGUUCCUUCUUUGAUAAGAAAGGCUUAGUUUUGCACAUAACUUACAAGCACAAAGACUACAAAUAUAAAUGUGCAGAAGAUGGCUGUGAAGCAAUAUUCCCUGUGAAACAAAUGCUUGACUAUCACAUGGCAAAAUUUCAUUCCAUAGAAAAGCCAUUCCCUUGUGAUUUGUGUUCUAGAGCAUUUUAUAGAAAAAGUGACUAUGUAAGACAUAAAUUAGGUACACAUAAAAACAAAUAUAAAUGAUUAGGUAACA